AUCAGCUAUUGCGUCAUUCUUACCUCGAGAACUAUCGUUGGCGGCUGUCGCCAAACGGAGCUCACACAAGAUAUUUCGGAAGACUCUGAGGUCCAACGAUAAGCUCCACCAUGGACGAAGAGUCAUACCGUUACGUCGAAGGCAUGUUGAUGCACAAGUUCUUCAAGGAUGAAGCUAUCCUCUCCGCAGUCAACUACAAACCACGGCAGGGAGACAUAUUUGUCGUUACGUACCCUAAAUGCGGUACAAAUUGGACGCAGUUUAUUGUUUACAAUAUUCUGACACGUGCGGCACCGGUCACCAACAUGGGUGAAUUCAGACUGAUGUGCCCGUUCAUCGAUUUGACUGGAGCCGGUUCUGCGCAGAACCCCUUGAGAAAUGGUCCUCUAAUGACACAUUUUCCUUACAACGUCUUACAACCCGUGGAUAGUGCCAAGUAUAUCUACGUAGCCAGGAACCCGUACGACUGUGCCGUGUCCUACUACCACUUCAUGAAAGGGCUGACUCCUAAGUCUGUCACCGAUGUUUCCUUUGAGAAGUUCCUCAACCUCUACUUGGCAGGAAAGAUCCUCUACGGCGACUACUUUGACCACCUUCUGCCAUGGUACGAGCAUCGAGGAGCAGAAAAUAUCCUUUUCAUAACAUAUGAACAACUGAAGGUGGACACCAGAGAACAAGUGCUGAAAAUCGCCGACUUUCUUGGCGAUGAACACGGAACUGCGUUACGCAGCGACGAGGACCUUCUUCAGAGAGUCAUCCACGCCUGCAGUCUGGAAAGCAUGAAGGCCGUGUUUAGCGAAAAACCAAUAAACAUGGCCAAGUUCAUGCUUAAAGCUGCGCCAGAGAAUUCAGAGACGUUUGCGGUGGUAAAAAGCAUGGAGGAAAUAACGGAGGAGAUGCACGAAGGCUCCGGCUUUGUUCGCAAGGGAAUCGUCGGCGAUUGGCGAAACUAUUUUACUGCCGACCAGGUACAGCGAACGAAGGAAUGGAUAACGAAAAAGACCCAGGGUAGCGGUGUCAUGGCGCUCUGGAAUGACUGCGAUCUCCCGUAG